UAGGGUUUGAACUUGGUGGUUUAUUAAGCACUGACAUUGGGGCAGUGAGGGUUUUGCGUAUUGAUACCAUGGUUGGAUUUGGGGAAUCUUCUGAAUCUGGGUCUAGAGGAUUGAAUUCUCAAUUAGUGAGAAAUGGGUCUUUUGGGGAAGAGGAUGGUUUUCACAGGCAAGUCACUCAUUUUGGGGGAGGUGGGUCGAGAAACACCAGCCCGCUGGGCCGAAUAGGGUCUAGGAAUACGAGUCCAUUAGGUCGAAUGGGGUCAAGGAAUACAAGUCCUUCUAAGCAGAAGGUGAUUAAGACCAAACCGCGGGGGUUAGAUGAGGAGACAAUUGCUACAUUUGGUAAAGCUGUUCAACCAGAUGUCCAUAUGGAGGAUAAUAUAUGGGCAAUGCUGCCUGAAGAUUUGCUGAAUGAAAUCUUAGCUAGGGUACCGCCAUUCAUGAUUUUUCGGCUCCGAUCUGUUUGCAAAAGGUGGAAUUCUAUUUUACAAGAUAAUAGUUUUCUUAAGUUUCAUUCACAAGUGCCUUCUCAUGGGCCUUGUCUUCUUACAUAUUGGAAGAAUUCACAGACCCCCCAGUGCUCGGUGUUUAGCUUGCCAUUGAAACAGUGGUUUAGGAUCCCAUUUACAUUCUUACCACCUUGGGCUUUUUGGUUGGUUGGUUCCUCAGGGGGCCUUGUUUGCUUCUCUGGGCUAGAUGGCUUGACUUUCAAAACUUUAGUUUGUAAUCCCCUCACACAAACUUGGAGGACAUUGCCGGUUAUGCAUUAUAAUCAGCAAAGGCAGUUGAUUAUGGUUGUUGAUCGGACGGACAGAUCUUUUAAAGUCAUUGCCACCAGCGAUAUCUAUGGUGACAAAUCAUUGCCAACAGAAGUGUAUGAUUCAAAGUGUGACAAUUGGUCACUUCAUCAGACAAUGCCUGCUGUUAAUCUUUGUUCCUCAAAAAUGGCAUUUUGUGACUCAAGGUUGUAUUUGGAAACACUUUCGCCACUUGGCUUAAUGAUGUAUCGAGUGGACACUGGAUAUUGGGAACAUAUUCCUGCUAAGUUUCCCCGGUCUUUACUAGAUGGGUACUUGGUUGCUGGCACUCAGAAACGCUUAUUUCUAGUUGGCAGGAUAGGUCUUUAUAGUACUCUUCAGAGCAUGAGAAUAUGGGAAUUGGAUCAUGCAAAAUUUGUCUGGGUGGAGAUAAGUAGGAUGCCACCCAGAUACUUUCGAUCUCUUUUGAGGUUGUCAGCAGAGAGAUUUGAGUGCUUUGGACAGGAUAAUUUGAUUUGCUUCACAUCGUGGAACCAAGGAAAGGGCCUUCUUUAUGAUGUGGAUAAGAAAGUUUGGUCUUGGAUUGCUGGCUGUGCUCUUCAGUCAUAUAACAGCCAGGACAAGGUCACCAGGGUUGGGCUGGUGAAAGGAGUCAAUGCAUGUGUAAGGACAUCUGGGGCGUAA